UUUUCUUUAUCGCCGCUGAGAUGGCAAAUUAUCUGGGCCCCAUCAGCCGGCGAAACGCCGUCUUUCGCUCCUGAUAUUGCGGUUUUGGGGAAUCGGAAAGUGCCUUCGUUUUCCUACGCUAGUGACAGACGUACGAUCUGCUGGCCAGGCCCGAGAACGCCUCGCAUUUUAUUUUCCUCCGAAGCGAGGCGAAGGCUGUGCGGGGAGGGUGCCCGGUGAGCCGUUUGUCGCCUGCUCUUUUUGCGUAAUAUUUUUUUUUCUUCUCUCAGUCGCACACCUUAAUUAACGUCGGCGAUUUCUUUUUCGUCCAGUCGUAACCACUUUUUUUUUUUUUUUCGUAAGCCGCGACUUUCUCUUCCUCCAUGGCUUAGCGCCGGGCGACCUACGGUAUGUGGGACAGCGGACUUUUCACCCGGUGCCUGCUACAGCAAGGUCGACCAUUUUCGCGUCGUACGACUCUUCGUCCUGAAGGCAAGUUGUCCGUCGACGGCACUUCGUACGCUACAAAGUCCUCCGAGCACGUUUUUGCUACGCGAACCCAUAGCCCAUAAAAGCAGCAUCUCUGGGCGCACCCGUGUUUGGUUGUGUCGGGAAAAAAAUUCUUUCCGUCUUCUCCCCCAUACACCCCACAGCGCCGUGUUUUCGGUCUGUGUUUUUUCCCCCCUUUGCUUUACGGCAAGAGCCGGGGAGGGGUGCGCCCGAUCGGUGUUACCAGUAGCCGAGGAAUGUGUUUACCCCUCCUAUGCAACUGCAGUGUGCUACAGUGCGGCGUAAUAUCUCGUGGCCGAAGCAGACCCAUGCAUAUGGUGUGCGUGUUUCUCUGUAAAGGUAAAAGGGGGGGGGUGGGGGUGAAGAAGCCAGUGCGCCGGCUCAGACGAACCCUGCGCAGCGAAAUACGUCUAGGCCUAUCGCAUAGAGCAGAAGAAAUACUUCUGUAUUACUCCCGAUGUGCAGUGACAUCAACAAGCUGCCUUUUCCCACCCGGCGAGCAUGGUUUCUCGCCGCAGGGCGAAAGAAGCGAUGCCUAGUUCCGAGAUGGGAGUCUGGGUUCGGGAGAGUAGCGGAGGAAGAAAAAAAAUACAAGUGCAAUCCGGGUUUUCUCGAGCGCAUACCAGCGCUGGUGGUAGUAGUAGUCACAGCCGGCCUUUUUCUCUUUAGGGUCGGGAUCUGGCCGCCGUCUCUCCACGCCGUUUGCUUUCGAGUCGCGGAAUGCACUGCUCGUCCGACGUGGUGUCCUUGCCGUUGACCCGGCAGCAGUGUGGUAAUCGCAUUUAUCGUCCAAGCCGGCGGCCUAGCCCUUUAAAGCGUACCACAUUGCGUGUGCAGGGCCUGCGGAGACUCGCACAUCGCGGAAAACUUCAACCGAAAUGCUCGAUUUCCUCAUUCAUCCCAUGCAGCCCUUUUGACGGGCGCCACUAGACGCCAGGUGCGCUAUGCUCAGGCGAAAGAAACGCAGUUAAAGAGCGAAAGGAAGGAAGGGGGCACGCGCACACGUUUGAGAGGGAGAGUGGAAAAAGCCCGGAGGCCCCUCUUCUUCUUCUUCCCCCCCUCUUCCCGCAAAAGCUUUGCAAAUGGAGCAAUUACGAAGACGAGCGUCAGGCAAUGGGACAUUCCACUUCAAGAUUCUCGUACCCGCUGUGGCUGCCGGAGCCAUCAUCGGCAAAGGUGGCGAGACCAUUGCACUGCUCCAAAAGGAAGCGGGAGCCCGGGUGAAAAUGUCCAAGUCAAACGACUUCUACCCAGGAACCACCGAAAGGGUGUGCCUCAUCACUGGGAGUGUCGAGGGCGUUCUACGCAUCCACGAAUUUAUCAUGGAGAAAAUCAAGGAGAAGCCAGACCCCACAGCCAAGAUUGCCAUAGACUUUGACCACAAGCAGCCAGCUGAGAGGGAAAAGCAGGUGAAGAUCCUGGUGCCCAACAGCACAGCAGGCAUGAUCAUCGGCAAAGGGGGCAGCUACAUUAAGCAGAUCAAGGAGGAAAGUGGCGCCUACGUGCAGAUCUCCCAGAAGUCCAAGGACCACGCUCUCGCGGAGCGCUGCAUCACCGUCAUCGGCGAGAUGGACAAUAACAAGAAGGCAUGCCAGCUCAUCUUGGCCAAAAUCGUAGAGGACCCGCAAAGCGGCAGCUGCCUGCACGUCUCUUACGCCGAGGUGACUGGGCCCGUGGCCAAUUUCAACCCGACAGGAUCACCGUACGCUAACCCGUCAAGCGUGCACUCCACCGUGAACAACUCAUCGGCCAGCUACAGUUCGAGCGGAAGCCUCAACAGCCUAAGCCCAACGGCGAACUUCGGAGGAGCCGCGGGCUCAAUGGUGCCGGCGGCUUUUCCGGGCGCCAAUGUGGCCCAGCUGCUGGAGAACGUCAAGGCAGUGCUGAGGAGUAAUGGCUACACGGAGCAGGCGACAGCCGACAUCGCGACAGCCAUGGGCACACUGGCGACGUACGGCGUGCUGGGCUCCAGCCUCGGUGCGCUCCUGGCAGGCGCUAAUGGGGCCAUGAUAGGACAGGGCCCGCCGCAGCCGCCGCCGCCGCAACAAGUGUACCCGACCUCGCCGAUGGACGCCACGCCACCGGUGGUCGCCAGCAGCUCGGGAAUCUUUGGUCCCGUCGGCAGCGGCGGCUUCGGCUCGCCCCGCUCGGAGCGCUACCACAGCGACAUGGUGUUCGACCCGUUCAGGCGGAACUCGCCUGCGCUAGGGUCACCCGGCGCGGCGGCCAACAACGGCGCAGGCGGGGGCAUGCCCGUAAACAACAACUCGUUCGGGCUGGGCACAGCGCUGGUGCCAUCGCAAGGGGCCAUGUGCAAGUCGCCGCCGCCGCCCACGGCGGCCGAUAAGUGCUCGGACGCCGUCAAGCGAGACCUCGAGGUGGGGGAGAACAUUGUGGGGGCCAUCUUGGGACCGGGGGGGAAGUCACUGGUCGAGAUCCAGCGCUUCAGUGGCGCCGCCAUCCAGAUCUCCAAGAAGGGCACGUUUGCGCCAGGCACGCGCAACCGCAUCGUCAGCAUCACGGGCACGCCAAACGCAGUCUCGACGGCCCAGUAUCUGAUCGAGCAGCAGAUUGCCGAGGAGGAAGCCAAAAGGUCACAGCAGAAUGCGCUCGGGGUGCUUCGCUAGGGUGGUGGAAGGUGUUUUUCUUUCGGCUGACCCCCUCCCUCUUUCCCCCGCCCCUUUUCAGAGUGUCGCAAAAAAAAAAUGUGAUGUUACAGUAGUGGAAUAUUAUAACAUACGGAUAUACAUAAUGUAUAUACAUAUACCACACGCAUGUCUGGGUGUGUACAGGUGCAGAAGUGUGGGCCAUUUCCACGUCGUCGGACUCUUGGGGUGUGUGCGCACUUGUUUGCAUGCUCCCCUUUGCUGGGUUUCUUUUUCCUCUUCUCUCCUCGUUGUAGUGUGCCUUGGGGAAAGAAAAGGUCCUCUUCGACGGAUUGUCGCCUCCCCUCUCCCGAGAACAAGCUGUAGCACCUAUGCAAUGCGCACCUGCCCGUCUGCCGCCAAGCAACGAUGAGCGAGACUUCCCCCCUCACCCCAUUUUUCAUCCCUCUAUGGCGUUUCCCUCCCCCUUUUUAAAACGACCCCCCCCAUCGAUAGCACGCACCCCCCUGACUUUUUCGAGCUGCGGGGAGGGGGGCUAGUCGGUGCCUGCUCGGUCGGACUCUCGGGUGAGGCGGCCUGCUGAAGCUGUAUUUCCCGCGCUCAUGUUUCAUAGUUAUUUAUUUUGUAAAAGCCCUGCUCUUCCCAACUGCGUGUGUCUGCAUGUGUGUAUGUUGCAUAUGUUUUUGUGUGUGCAUGUCUUGCGCCUAUAUUUUGAGAAAGGGCCUCAUUUUCUUUUGCCAGUACUGGGGAGAGGGCCGCUGUUGAAAAUUUUUAUUUCUUCCUGUGCACUGCAGCUCGGGACAAAACUUGCUUUUCUUCUCGAGAGAAUGCUUCUUUUUUUUUCUGUGCAUUCUAGAGCCACCACCACACAACCAUCCCCCACCCUCUUCUAUUCUUUCUCCUCACUCAAUUUUUUUUCGCAACUUUUAAAAGAAAAGCCGCUGCUACAUUGUUGUCACCUGUUUGUUGGCCACAGUGUGUUUUCAUGUGGCACCCACACCUUUUCAUUUUUCUUGCGUGCGCAUCUUCGGUGAGAAAGGAACUGUUAAAAAAAGAUAUAUCCACAACACAAUGUCUGCGUGUGUGCGUGCGUCCGCAAGGAGAGAAGAAAAAUUUAUAGCGGCCGUGGGGCCGCCGCCGCGCUUAGGUGCAAGUGCUUCUUCUGUUAGACGCGCGAUAUUUUCGAAUUUUUGCCAUGUUACAUUUUUUUGUUUACUUGUUCCUAACACACAUAACAAGGGUUGCAUGGACAUUUUUUGCGAGCAUCUCUUUCACACAGUGUUUAUUUUUUCGUUUACGUCCAACUUCUCUCAUCCCCUCCCUUGAUUAUAAAGUUGUUUUUUGCACUCUUUGCUAGGAAUAUUCUAAUUGUGGCGAGUGAAAUGGGACACAGUUUAUUUUUUGUUUCCCUUGGGCCAGCUGCGUGUGUUGGGGAAGGGAAGUACUUAGGGCGCAGGGACUGUGAUUCUCUAGGUGCCCCCCCUUUUGAGCCUCUAGUCUCCAGCCGCAAAAUACGAGAAAAAAGUUUUAAAAAAGACAAAAAAAUAACAAUGUUGUUGCCCAUUGGGGGCACCGCUGUUGUCGAACCCUGGGAGCACACACCACACACAAGAAAGUGAGAACAAGGGGCGUGCCAGAGGCUUGGCCGCGAGGCCCACCACCACCACCAACCACUACUACCAACCACCACACCCUUUAUAUUUUUUUCUUUGUCUACAAAUGCGCGGGGUCAGGGAGAAAAAUGAAUUACACAAGCUGCUGCAAACCAUUAUUUUUUUUAUUGUUGUAAACUGUUGUAUCACUGCUAGAGACACUUAAUAAAAUGGAAUAAAGAAAAGGGAAAAACAUCCAUCUCUCUGCAGCAAAGCUGCCGAAAAAAAAAA